AUGAAUCCGCAAGACUCAUUCAUCUGGACGACAUUGCAACCGGAGUCCUUCUGGGCCCGGAAGCGCACUGUCGUUCUCAAGAAUACAAUUCCUUUCCAACUAGAUAUGCUCAAGUCCACGGGGAGAUACGAUGCAUUUGAUCUACAGCGGCAUCCUAUCUACGACGAUGAGCCCGCCACAUGGCCUGUACCCAAGCAUCUCUUCUGGGACUCGGAUGUUGGGAAAUGGAUCGAGGGUCUUGCCUACUUUGGGGACCUCGAGAAGGGCGAUGAUUCAAGUCUCGACCAAGCUGCCGAGGACCUCGUCCAGAAGAUCAACAAAGCUCAGCAGGGAGACGGUUAUGUGAAUAUUCAUUUCACUGUCGUGGCACCCAAGGAACGUUUUUCCAAUCUGAGGGAUAUGCACGAGCUUUACAACGCUGGCCAUCUCAUCGAAGCUGCUCUGGCUCAUCAGCUACGCUUCAAAUCGGACCAACUCAUGAAGCCGCUGGAGAAAUACAUCGAACUGCUGCAUAAGACCUUCGGAUCCGGCGAGGAUCAAAUUCACGGUUACCCAGGUCAUCCCGAGAUCGAGCUGGCCCUGAUCCGAUUUUACAAGCGAACCGGCAAUGAGAAAGCUGUGCAGCUCGCUCGGUAUUUCGUCGAAGAGCGAGGUAACACGACUGGUGCAAAUGGGAGGCACUACUUUGACGUUGAGGCUGAAGCACGAGGCGAGAGCGAACACACUGCACCCUCGUACUACCCUGCGGCUCGGAGCUACUGGUACAACCAGGCACAUAAGCCAAUUCUCGAACAAGAGACCAUUGAGGGCCACUCUGUCAGAGCAAUGUACCUUUUGACCGCCGUCGCCGAUUUGGCCGUCCUCGAUCCCAAGACCUUUGGCUCAAAGUAUUUGCCUGCGCUCCGGCGACUAUGGAGCAACAUGGUAAACCAGAAAAUGUACCUGACAGGUGGAAUCGGAGCCAUCAAGCAAUGGGAAGGCUUCGGGAUUAACUACUUCCUGCCUCAGUCCACAGAUGAGGGCGGGUGUUACUCCGAGACUUGCGCGGCGAUUGGCGUUAUGAUGCUGGCAGAGAGGAUUCUGCAGAUCGACCUCAACGGCCAAUACACGGACAUUCUUGAGCGUGCUCUGUACAACGCCAUGCUCACUGGUAUGUCUGUCGACGGCAAGGCAUUCACUUAUGUUAACCAGAUGGCUACCUCGGAGGAAGAUGCGUCUAACAGGCGCGAGGAAUGGUUCGAGUGCGCGUGUUGUCCGCCUAACAUCGCCAGAGUUCUGGGGCAUAUCGGAGGUUACCUCUGGACUGCCAAGACGAACUCGCAAUCCUCUGCUACUGUGAACGUUCACCUAUACGCUUCUGCAUCGAUCAACUACACGUUGCAAGACAGUCAGGAUAAGUUCAAGUUGAGCCAAAAGACUAAUUAUCCAUGGGAGGGUACCGUCGACUUCGAGCUGGAGAACUCCUCAGGCCUUGACAUUGAGAUCAACGUUCGGAUACCGUCGUGGGCAGGAGACGCUUGGGAUGUUACUCCCAAGCCAUCAUCUACGUCUUUGAACAAACACUAUCUACACCUCGAUGCCGCCUAUCUGAAGCAAAAUCCCCAGUUCAAGCUUACCGUACCACUUACACCCCGCCUCCUCCGUCCCCAUCCCUACACGCUGCAGCGCAUUGCCGUCCUUGCCCGCGGACCUCUGAUCUACUGCGUAGAAGACGUCGACCACCCCUGGGUUGUGGACCACUUCAAAUCUCUUGAGACGAAGACGGACUUGCCUCUGGGCGAGCCCUACAUUGGUAUUACACUGAAAAAUGGCGGGCUUGUGCUCCCGAAGGAGCGCUUGGCUCCUGCCUUGGAGGUUACAGGUCUCCAGGCACUCAUUGUUGACAAGAGUAGCGUGGAUCUUCAUUUUGUGCCGUAUUGGGCGAGGGCAAACAGGGGUGGGAAGCACCAGAUGCGCGUCGGCAUUAGGACCUUGGAUUGA